CGAAAAUGGCGACAGUGGCCAGACGAUGAUCGCCUUCUCUAGAGUUCAUGCCUGAUUUCUCCGUGAUCACGAAAGGAUCGAAGACAAACUUCCAAUAUUUGUUCAAAGAAAAAUGAUUGGAUCUGGCAGAAUUAUUACGUCUCCGCUGAAACAAAGGAAAUCUGAAUCUGCCAACGAUUCCAGAAUGAAGCGACAAACUGAUUGGCUAGAUGAUAUUGAAUCACCGAACACACGAAAGAGUCCGAGGAGAUCAUUUGGAGGCUCAUCUCCACGUGCGUUCAAUUCUUCAUCAAAUCGACAAGGGUCAUCUAUUGUUAGAUGCUUAGAACAUGAUUUAGAAGAGAAUUUAAGCCCAAUUCUUCCUUCCAAAUCAUUCUACAGUGGGAACAAAUCAAAAUACAUCAGUCCAAUUGAGAGAAAACAAUUGAGGGAGUUGGACGAACAGAGAAGGAAAAGUUUGGGGGAAGACAUUACUGUGAAUAAACCCGUGAAAAAAAUCCAAAUCAAAACGCCUAAGUCUAACAACAGGGUGAAAGGUAAAACAUCCAAGUCAAGUAGCGGGAAAAAGAAAAAUGUUAAAACUGUAGUGAGGAGUGAUGUAAAAAAGCCAAGAUUGCCGGAGCUGAAAUCCAUAAGAUCAUCGCCCAGAAAAAGCCCCAGAAAGGUUGCAAAGUCAGAAAAUAGUCCAAGGAAAGAACAAUUGAAUGGUGUUAAGACACCAGUGAGGAGAUCGCCAAGGAAGAGUCCUCGGAAACAGGAGAAUGGAUUUAGUUUUACAGCCAGUAAGAAACCGAGCAGCGCCUCUAAAGGCAUUCGCUUGUACAUGCAAGGAUUGAAUAAAGGUAAAAAAAAGUCUGCGCCGGUAUACAAAGAAAGGAGUCUGUCGAGCAGUGCUGUAAAACCUAGCAAAAAGAAGAGCAUGACAAGUCAGGGUUCCCCGUCGUUGACUCCAGCAAGGUUGGAAAAAAAUGGUGGAAAAAGUAAAGCCGAUUUGGAUGAUGUUUUUCUUGAUGACUUUGGAUUCAGUACUCUUAAUGGGACCUUGUCUGAAAAGUUGUGCACGUCCUCGUCUGUUGGCGACAGCCCCAAAAAGAGAAAGCGAGAGAUCUCACCGAAGAAGACACCCAGGAAAUCACCAAAGAAAGCCAAAUUAGAUAACGUGGCUUUGACGCAGGAUACACCUGAUUCAGACACAGAGGAGACGGUCGCACCAGUUCGAAAGAGUAGCAAAGAGUUGAAAAUGUUUCCAAUUUUUACUCCACCAUCAACCCCCUCACCGACAGCAAAGAGACAUCAGAGGAUGAAAGCUAAAUCAUCCAGUUCACCCAGCAGUGGAACGUUUUCAUCAAUAUUAAAGAAAUCACGAGAUAAAGAUGGCAAGGAACAGAUGAUAUUGGAUCUUGGUCAGAAGCGGUUUGGGGCCACCAUGUGUUCAACUUGUGGUAUGGUGUACAGCUUAGCUGAACCGGAAGACGAAUCAGACCAUAUUAGGUUUCAUAAGAAGUUUGUGGAGUGUGUUAAAUUUCCAGGUUGGAAGAAAGAAAAUGUGAUGCAAGAAUUCCAUGACGGUCGCAUCAUUAUGGUGACAGAAGAUGAUCACAGAUACGCCCAGAGAAAGGUUGAAGAUGUGCGAGAACUUGUUGACACAGAGCUGGGUUUUCUAGAAGGGAGUUUAGCAUGCAAAGAGAAUGGCAAAGCAUUCCUGUUCAUAUCUUCAGAAAAAAAAGUCGUUGGUUGUUGUAUUAUAGAGAAAAUAACCAAGGCAUACAGGGUUUUAACAGACACUGACCAAGUAAGUCCAGAUAGCGAUGAAGACAAGAAGAGGGCGUGGUGCUGUAGUAACGAUGCGGUUCCCGCUAUUUGUGGUGUUAGUCGUAUAUGGGUAUGGGGCAAAAUGAGAAGAAAGAAAAUAGCAACACGCUUGAUUGAUUGUGUUAAAUGUCACUUCAUGUACGGUUGCAGUUUGACCAAUGACGACAUUGCAUUCUCAGACCCAACACCCGACGGGAAAAUGUUUGCUACCAAAUAUACAUCUACUCCAAAGUUCCUGGUGUACAACUUUACAUCGCACUAA